AUGCCACCUAAAGACUCAAAAGAAAAAGAAUCAAGUACAGCACCAAUUGUUGCUAUCGAUUUCGGAGCACACAAUACAUGUGUUGGUGUUAUGAAGAAUGACAGAGUUGAAAUAUGUCCAAAUCAUCAGGGUAACAGAACUACUCCAUCAGUGGUGGCAUACGUCAACGAAGACAGACUCGUCGGUGAGGAAGCCAAAGGUCAAAUCGACAGAAAUCCACAAAACACUAUUUUCGAUAUAAAAAAACUUUUAGGUUUAUCAUAUAACGAUUCACUUUUACAGAAAGAAAUUAAAAAAUUACCAUUUAAAGUAUUGGAUGGGGGUGAAGAUAAACCGGUUUCAGUGGAAGUACAAUUUCGUGGAAAAACAACUUUGGUGACACCGGUCGAAGUAGCUUCGCUGAUUCUCUCACAGAUAAAGAUUACCGCUGAAAACUAUAGUGCGCGUUCCGUCUCAAAGUUGAAGAGUGCAUCCGAGCGCGCCAAAAAGAAUCUCUCGAAUAUGACACAGGCAUCGAUUGAAAUGGACAGUCUGUACGACGGACGUGACUUUUUCACGAGUGUGAGUCGUGCCAGAUUCGAGGAUUUGGCUGGCGACUUGAUUCGUGGAUGCAAGCGCACCAUCGAGUCGGCACUGCAGCAGUCGCGCGUCGCCAAAGAACAGAUCGAUCGUAUCAUUCUGGUGGGUGGAGGAUCGUCGAUCCCUUCGGUACAAUCGGUGGUUACCAGCUACUUUGGCGCAAAGGUCGAGUUGCUGCGUUCGAUUUCACCGGAGGAAGUGGUUUGCUAUGGUGCUGCGAUUCAGGCAGCGCUCUUGCAACAACACGGUUCAUCGCUGCCCGACAAGAAGGUGGCCACCGGUUUGCCACUCCCGAUCGAUGUGAUCGAGUCUACCAUCGGUAUUGAAGAUGCCUCUGGCAACAUGAUCCCUAUCAUAGCGGAACAGACCAGAGUACCAGCAAAGAGAGUAUUUUCAUUGGUCAACGAUCAAGACCAACAGAAACACAUUCAUCUCUCUGUUUAUCAAGGAAAUGCACCAACAACAGCCCAAUGUAAAUUGAUUGCCAGAUUUAUUUUCGAUAUUACACCAGCUCCUAAAGGACAAUCUAAAAUUCAAAUUAAAUUCGAACUUGAACCUUCAGGUGUUUUAAUGUUCGAUUCAACAGCUUCAUAUUACAAAUUUAUGAUAACACCAGGAGGAUCAACUAAAUCUACAGAGAAUGAUUCUAAAAAGUCAAAGAGAAAGUGGGUUCCUUCAAGGAAUCAGUUUGUAGAUAGUAGCAGUAGCAAUUGGAGACAAAACGAUCCAAACUACAGAGAUCGUGCACAGGAACGUAGAAAGGGAAAUGAAGAUCAACAUAAACCUAUCGGUUUAGAUUUCAAACAGCUUGCAAAAGAUCGUGAAGUUUUAAAACAAAAUCAACAACAACAACAACAAGAAGAAGAAACAAAUAAUGAAUCACAAACUAAAAGUAAUAAUAACAGUGUAAAACAGAGAAAUAGUAAUGAUAGACAUGAUGACGUCGAUUCAACUACAAAGAAACAACUAAAGUUAAACUCACAGCUUGCUCAAAAUAUAUACAAGACUAUUCAGUAUGUCGAAAUGGUAAAGUCGAAUCAAGUGAAGAGCAAACAGUCGUUAAAGAAAACAGAGAACUUUCUGCCUGGCAGAAUGUCGUACGUCUUUGAUCUAGAUUCUCAUUUCUCACAAUAUCUACCAAAUACAUCAAUCUUUAGUAAAGAUGAUUGUCCUCCACAGGGAGAAUAUAUAUCAUGUAAAAUAGAUACAUCUAUUACAAAGAAACUUUCAAAGUUAUUAUCACCAAAUGAACAUCAAAAUGAUAAUGAUAAUAAUAAUAAUAAUAAUAGUAGCAAUAAUGAGAAUAAUAAUAAAACAACAAAACAGACAGAGAAGUAUGAAUCAGAUGAUGAUAUCUUUUCAGAUGCAGAAGAGUAUAUUUGUGAGAAAAGUACUAGUUCAACUACAACCAACACAGCGGAAAGUAAGAGAGAAAACUAUUUUAAGAGUGAAAAGAGUGAAUCGUUGUAUCCAAUGUUUAGCAAUGAAGAAGAGGAUGCUGAUAAAAGAGAUAGAGAUGAUGAUGAUGAUAAAUCAAAUGAUGUACAAGGUCCGUCAAGUUACAAAGGUCACUACGAUGAAGAUGAUGAAGAAGCAUAUCCAGAUACUGAUAGAAACUAUGAUAAUAAUAAUAAUAAUGAUGAUGACGAUGAAGAAGCAUACCCUAAUACAGACCAGAAUUAUGAUAAUAACUAUAAUGAUGAUGAAGAUGAAGAAACAUAUCCUGAUACCGAUCAUAACUACCAAGAUAAUCGUUCACCAGUACAUUCAUCAUCAUCGGAUUCGGAUUCAGAACCAGAGUUUGAAUUACCAGAAUCAUUUAAAAGAAAAAUGGAUGAUGGAUAUUCUGAUGUUUAUCAAUCAUAUGAAGGUUUCCAAAACAAAAUCGGUGAGAAAUCAAAAGAAUUGGAUUUACUUAAAGAUUCAUUAAAAGAAGAAAAACCUUCAAAGAAACAAAAAACAAAAAAUAUUGAUGGUAAAAUCCAGAAACAAUUGUUUCAAAUCGAUAAGGUUAUGAAAGAGAAUGCAAAGAAAGAAGGUGCAAAAUAUUUUAAUGUUCUGGAAAAAAGAAAACAAAAAAGAAAACAAAAAAGAAAACAAUAA